CGAGCCGACGUAAGGUUCACAUCACACUUCACGGAGAAAAAUAGACGUUUGAGAAAUAAGGAGACUUGAGGGUGACGAGGAGCGCUUGGGGACGUGCUCUUUCGCCCCUGUUGUGGACUUUAUGAAACAAAUCAUUAUUACGACUUGAAAAAAUAUAUAUAGAAAUAAGUGUUUAAAAGAAAAAAAAAUACAAAAAAGCUGGAGAAUGACAGAGUACGAAUACUACAUGCCUUUCAGCUCCCUGGAGAGCGACCUGUAAAUACAUGUUUUGUUUUGUUUUCCAAUAAUAAAAAUGCUAACUUUAAUGCCAUGUAUUAAUUGUUUGGCUUUUGUUUUUUUUCUGUAUUUAAAUUUUUUUUUUUUUUUUGCGGUUUAACCACCCGGCUUGUAUAAUUAUCCUCCUCUAGUUAUUGAUUAUAGUUUAAUGAAAUUAUGUAAAUAUUUUUUUUUUCUUUUUUUUCUUUUUUUUUGCUUCAAGUAUUUAAUUAAGAGAAAUUAAUGCCUCUUUUCACAUUUGAAACUGGAAGAGAUAAUAAAGAACAUUGCAAUGAAAAAAAAACGUGUUGUUACUUUUCCGUUUUCGCGCUGAGAUUUCGUUAUUUCAGCGCAAAAUAAUCGACAAGAUUUAUCAUGAGCUGAAUAUGUUUUGGAAAAAUUAUUGAGUUUGAUUACAGAUUGUGUUCGAUUUUAGUGGAGAAUUUACUGGAUUGAUUGAAUUAAUUAUUUUAUCCACCUAUAUAACACACAGUAAGAGCGUUGCCGCCUUUUGUCAUUUGAAUGUGCUAGACUUCCGGUUUCAACCGCCUCCAGUUAUUUUACCACAAGAACGGCGCGUUCUUCUGCUUGAUAUUGAUAAUUGUUGUUUAUUUUUAUAUGAUUUUAAUCAUUAUAAUAAUCAUAAACACACUGAUUUGCAGAAAGUCGGGUCUGUCAAGCUCAGUUUCUGUCUGUAAAUGACAGAUUUGCAACAUUCAGAUGAGUAUUUAUUAGUGUGUUAAGUGUUUAAGAAGGUGUGUGUGUGUCUGUGUGGCAUUGAAAAAGAGUAAAUAUGGCACAAUAGUGUUUACCUUCAUAUUAGAUUGUGUUGUGAUUGAUACACAAAGUGUGUGGUUUAUACUUUGUUCUUUAUGUAGUGUGUAUAAAAUAUGGUAAGUGAUUUGAUAAACGUGUUAUCUGCAUUACAUAAGCAAACUUCUCAUCUGUUAAUCUGAAGGUUUUUAUCAUCUUUUAUGGCUCUUGUUUCAUAAAUACCCAUAAAUAUCCUCAUAUCAGCCACUAAUAAUCAUCAUCAAACCCUAAACAGUUGCGGUGAAGGGUCUUCUGGCAGUGCACUGUAAAAAAUGACUGACUUACUUAGUAUUUUUGUCUUGUUUUGCAGUGCAAACAUCUAAACCAUCUUGAAUCCUGAUGCAUUUACUUGAGAAGGAAAAUUACUUAAGAUAUUAAGUCUUGUUUUCUGGAAAAUGUGCCAGAAUUAAUGUCCAUGAACUCUUGGAUCUCUCCGUGAUCUGCGUGCUGAUUGGUGGAGACGGUGUUUACAUCACCGGAGGGUCAGAGGUCGUCUGUCUGCACUUAUUUAUAGUUUAAAUGGUUUCUGUAAGUGUUUUCUGUGUCUGGCUGUGGUCUCGUCAUGUUUGCUGUCCGUGUGUCCGUCCUCUGUUAUCUUCUGCCUCUGCUGUCCAUGAGCUCUGGAUCAGCUGAAGAGGAGAAUCCGGAGUUCUGGAGGAGUUCGGCUCAAAACACGCUGCGUUCGGCUCUCAGCAGGAAACUCAACACUAAUGUGGCCAAAAACAUUCUGCUGUUUCUGGGAGACGGUAUGGGUGUGACCACCAUCACGGCCGCGCGGAUCCUGAAGGGUCAGUUACAGAACCGUUCUGGAGAGGAGACCGUCAUGAACAUGGACACGUUCCCGUAUGUGGGUCUCGCUAAGGUGUACUCGGUGGAUUUUCAGGUUCCUGACAGCGCGGCGACGGCUACAGCGUAUCUGUGCGGAGUCAAAUCCAACCUGAACACUGUGGGUUUGAGCGCAGCCGCUCGCAACGGUGUGUGUCGCUCGCAGAAGGGCAACGAAGUCACGUCCAUCCUCAAAUGGGCUAAAGACGCAGGGAAGUCUGUGGGCAUAGUGACCACAACACGUGUUCAACACGCCACUCCUGCUGCUUCAUACGCUCACAGCGCCAGCCGGACGUGGUACAGCGACGCCGAUCUGCCGACUUCUGCCGUCACAGGAGGCUGUACAGACAUCGCCUCACAGCUGCUCCGAAACACCGACAUAGACGUGAUCAUCGGAGGAGGUCGGAAGUACAUGACGCCUAAAGGGUUUCCCGAUCCGGAGUAUCCCGCAGAUCUGAGCGCACAAGGACAGAGAAAAGACAACAGAAACCUCAUAAAUGAGUGGCUGAGCAUGAAGGAGGGAAAGGUUGCGAGAUACGUGUGGAAUAAGACAGACUUUGACGCCGUGGACCCUGAAAAGACGGAUUAUCUGAUGGCCCUCUUUGAGCCGGGUGAUCUUCGGUUUGAUGUGGAGAGAGAUCGCAACAUGGAUCCUUCCAUCUCAGAGACCACAGAGAAAGCCAUCCAGAUCCUAAAAAAAAAUCCCAAAGGAUUCUUCCUGCUGGUCGAAGGCGGUCGUAUCGAUCAGGGACACCACAGCAGUCGCGCAUCUAUGGCGCUGCAUGAGGCGGUUGCCCUUGACAACGCUGUCGCCCGUGGACUGGAGCUGACCAAUGAGGAGGAGACUCUGACUGUCGUCACGGCUGACCACUCCCACGCCUUCACUUUCAACGGCUACCCAUUCAGAGGGAACAGCAUUCUGGGAAAGUCUCCAAUCUUUGCCAUGGACUUUUUACCCUACACAACUCUGAUGUACGGAAACGGACCGGGACAUAAAAUCACCGACAACAAGCGUCCAGACAUCCGUCACAUCGACACCACCGAUAAGGACUACGUUCAGCAGUCGGCCGUCCCGCUGGACUCUGAGACCCACGGAGGCGAGGAUGUGGCUCUGUUUGCCCGAGGCCCCAUGGCUCAUCUCUUCCAGGGUGUGUAUGAGCAGAACUACAUCGCACACGCCAUGGCUUACACGGCCUGCGUCGGCACCAAUCAGGAACACUGCGCUGCCUCCGCUGAACCUGAUGAGAUUCCCUUCACUUCCACUCACCUGGGAAGCUCCGCCCCUGACACGCCCCUCGGCGCCGUGACGACAGUGAUGCUGAGCGCAUUGAUGAGUGUUUUACUGCACUGAGACAGAGACAGCAGCAGAUAUCCAGCAAUCACUCAUCAUCUAACCCUUCAGUCAAAAAACCCUUUAAUUAUUACGCUGUUCUUAAAGCAAGAGUGAGAUUGUGGGAGUCGAAACUGAAAGACAACAUGAAACGGCAAAUGCAUCUUUUUUUUUUUUAUGUUAUUACUGUUAAAAUGAUGUUUUAGCAGAUGAACGCAUUUAAAAUUGACAGUCUUUCUCUUCCAGUAGAAACAGUCCAAAAGUAAUGAUGAAUGAAUGAAAGCUUUUUAGAAUGAGAAUAUCAUUCUAUUAAUGAGCUAAUGUGUUUUUUUCAAGAUUGAGUGAAAAAUUAAGCUCACUUCAUUUCCAGUGAUAUCGUCGACUUGAUUGCACAGAUACUGUUUAAACUGAACUGAGCUGGAUGAUGAACUGCCUUUAACUGAAAAUUGAGUGUUUACUAUUGUCCUUUUGCAUUAUUGACACACUGUUUUUCUAUUUGAUACUGUAAAGCUGCUUUGACACAAUCUGUAUUGUUAAAAGCGCUAUGUAAAUAAACGUGAUUUUG